AUGGCGCCAGCCUGGGCCAAGGCCCACCUGACAGGGGCUCUCUGGCUGCCUCUCCUCUGGCUACUCCUGUCCCAGGUCAGUUGUUCCCAUGCCCUACCAGGGUGGCGUUUCACUUCCUCUGAAAUUGUGAUCCCCAGGAAGGUGUCCCACAGGCUGGGUGGAGCUGGGGUACGAGGCCAGCUCUCCUACAGGAUUCACUUCAGUGGCCGAAGACAUGUGGUUCACAUGAAGGUCAAGAAGAACUUGCUGCCCAGACAUUUUCCGGUUAUCACCGAUAACGACCAAGGUGCCAUGCAGGAGGACUACCCCUUUAUCCCUCGAGACUGCUACUACUUCAGCUACUUGGAGGGGGUUCCUGGGUCCAUGGGCACGCUGGACACUUGCUAUGGGGGUCUGCGUGGCAUGCUGCAGAUGGAUGACUCGACUUAUGAAAUCAAACCAAUGGAGGCUUCUUCCAAGUUUGAGCAUGUGGUUUCUCUGCUCGUGAAAGAACAACCAAGAGAGGACGAAAGUUGUACGAUUGAAAAAGAAGACGCAGAUCCAGCAUAUGAAGAGGCAAAGUUUGCUGAAACCCCUAGAGCAGCGCCCGUGUAUUUGUGGUGGCCCCAUAGAAGAGAUUUAAAACUUCACUACACUGUUAGUAACUCAUUAUUCAGGAGCAGUCCCAAUAAGACAGAUCUAAUAGAGAGAGUGGUGAUGAUUAACAGCAUAUUACACAGCAUUUUUCAUCAACAUCUUCUGGUUGUCAACCUACUUAUUUUGUGCAUCUGGGAUGAUACAGAUCACACGGAUGUCACAGCUUUUAACAAUGCGCCUAAAGCUAUGGAAAGAUUUGGUUUGUGGAAAUAUUAUAACAUGUUUGGUGCUCUCCCUCAUGAUACUACAAUACUUCUUACGGGACAUAAAAUCGCUGGUGCAAAUCAUUUUGGCUUCCAACAUGGAUUAUGCAACCCCAACUGGGGGGCAAUGUUUGUCUAUGUAGCAAAUGUUCAUCUAUUUUUAGGUGCCGGUAUCGCAGCACAUACGUUGGGUCAUAUUUUUGGCAUGGAACAUGAUGGAGCUGGUUGUAAAUGUUUUCGAAGGACUUUCUGUGUCAUGGCUCCUACGCCAGGUCUUAACGAUAUGUUCAGCAAUUGUUCUUAUACGAGUAUCCACUUUCGAUUACAAGGCUAUGAUGAAUGUUUGGCUUACACACAGGGACCAUACAAUAAUUUUCCUUAUGUAGCUCCUCGUUGUGGUGACAAGAUCAUAAAUCAGAGGGAAGAAUGUGACUGUGGCUCCUUGAAAGACUGUGCUGAAAAUAAAUGUUGUGAGACCAAUUGUGCCCUCUCCCUUGGUAGUGACUGCAGUGCAGGAGAGUGCUGUGUGAACUGUAAAUAUGCUAAUCCUGGAUGGAUUUGUAGAGAGAAGGGUGGCAUUUGCGAUCUAUCAGAAUACUGUGAUGGGAAAACGAAUACUUGUCCAAAUGACUUCUAUAUCCAGGAUGGAACCCCGUGUUCACCUUUAGCUGUUUGCGUGAGAGGAAACUGUAGUGACCGUGACAUGCAGUGUCAAGCUCUAUUUGGCUACAAAGUAAGCGAUGCUCCGCAAGUGUGCUAUGAUACAUUGAAUGUAAGGGGUGACCGAUUUGGAAGCUGUGGGCAGUCCUUCUUCAAAGGGGGAGAAAGACAUAAACCAUGUGAACAAGAUGAUGUUCUUUGCGGAACGUUGCACUGUCGUGAUAUCCAACAAGUACCUGGUGGAGGUGAGCACACUACAUUUCAUCAGCUAUUAGCUAAGCAAGAAAUGUGCUUUGGAUACGAUACACACUUUGGGAUAGACCUGCCACCACUUGCAUUAGUAAUAGAUGGUGCAACAUGUGGGCCAGGAAGUUACUGUUAUAACAUGAAUUGUACUUUUCAUCAAGACAUGGCCUUUGACUGUGAUGUCAAGAAAUGCAAUUACAGAGGAGUGUGCAACAAUAAUAAAAACUGUCACUGUCAGAAGGGAUGGAGGCCACCACAGUGUGAAAACAGCGGACCGGGUGGUAGUAUAGACAGUGGCCCUCCACCUGACAUAGAACCAUCUGCUCGUGGCAGAAUAAGUAUGAAUGUAAACCAGGGUCUAGUUGUACUGAUGAUUCGUUCAGCCCUUUUACUGUGUGCAUUCAUUAUUGGCUGCAUUUCAUACUUAAGUACAGAUGAGGAUGAAGAGGACUAA